CGGCUUUCCUUGAAAUAGAGCCUGAUGAUCCAUCACUAAGUUAUACACUGGAUGUCUUGGGUAAAAAGGUUUUACCAACACAACAGCCUUUUAUUAUGGAAUACCUUGACGAUGUUAAAAUAUUGAUAAUUCCGAUGAGCAAAGAAACUUAA